AUGCGAGUUGUCAGAAUUUCAUGCGUCGGGACACGUCGUCUCUCACCUCCCUCCUCCUCCUCCGCCGGAAGUUGCGCCGCUCACUCCGACGUCUCUGCAUCUUCCUCCGCCGAUGAUGCAAGUUGUGGUGGUACACCUAAUUGGAGAAUCAAGAAGAGACUAACAUGUGUGUGCUUCAACCGCAAGAGUGCUUAUGAACGCAUCUGCUCUAACUUGACACCAUUGCAGGAAGAAAGACUAACGAGGUUGAGGAAGAGAAUGAAGAAUUACUUUGAUGCGUCGCGGCUUGACCAUCAAGAUGCAUUGAGAGCACUAUGGUCAGCAACGUACCCCGGUGAAAAUCUUCAAGAUUUGAUCUCAGACCAGUGGAAAGAAAUGGGAUGGCAAGGAAAAGAUCCAUCCACUGAUUUCAGAGGAGCUGGAUUCAUAUCACUUGAGAAUCUUCUCUUCUUUGCCAAGACAUUCUCGACUUCGUUUCAGCGUCUGUUGAAGAAACAAGGAGGCAAAAGAGCGGCUUGGGAAUAUCCAUUUGCUGUGGCUGGCGUCAACAUUACCUUCAUGAUCAUGCAAAUGCUUGACCUAGAAGCAUCAAAGCCAAGGACUUUUGUACGGUCGGUUUUCUUACAAAUGCUGUCAGAAAACGAAUGGGCCUUUGAUUUGCUUUACUGUGUGGCCUUUGCCGUAAUGGACAAGCAAUGGCUAGACAAGAACGCAACCUACAUGCAAUUCAACGAUGUGCUAAGAUGUACGAGGGGGCAGCUGGAGAGAGAGCUGAUGAUGGAUGAUGUUUUUAGGAUUGAGGAUAUGCCUUCCUUCUCUCUUCUCUCUUAG